CAAACACAAAAUGCAUGUUUAGAGGAGUUAAAUGUUAGAAUUCACCCCAUAGUCUGGGUUAGUUGUAACCCUGUGGUGAGAUGUAACAUUAAAAUAUCCAGAUAUGUAACAUUAUUAAUUAAUUAUUAUGACAAAAAAAAGGACUUUGAAAGCGUUUUAUUUAGCACUGACUUAACCAGGGACGUGCACAGGGGGGUUGCUCAGGUUGCCCGGGCAACUGCCCAUAUGCCCUUCUCGACUCAAGUUGCCCUUCCGAGGUGGGAAAAAUAAAUUGUACUUUUACUUCGUUUACACUAUGCAGCGUUCCUUCGUUACUGUAUUUUAAUUAAUUACGAAAUUUGUAUUUUAUUUUUAAAUCUUGUGUUUCUGGCGCAUUCGCGAAUUAAUGACUCGUUUGAGUCGAUUCCUUACAAAGUGUUGCAAAUAAAUGAGUCUUUUGAGUCGAUUCUUUACAAAGCGAAUGGGCCAAACGUUUAAAAUUGGUUCACAAAUACCUAAUUGGUGUGUGUGAAUGACAUAAAAUGGACAAAGCCUAUUUGUUACUGAUAUAGUAAUUAGCCACAAUUGAAUACAACUGACCCAUGUUACAACCAUCCCUACUCUCGCCUAACUGUACACACGGUGUUCUUAAAAAAAUGCACCAUAGAUUAGUUUAAUUAGUGAAAUUAUGACUUGUAAAUAUCCUCAAUGAUGGAACACAAAUCACAAAAGCAAUAAAUCCAUGGGAACGGAGGCUUUUUAUAACAUCACCCUCAUAAAAUUCCCAGGGUCAGUAUAUCAGUAUACAAAUGUGACGGGUUGUUAUGGUGAUCCAGCUUGCGAUAGAUUAACAAGACUGAUCGAUGGAAUAAAACAGACAAAUGAGUGAGGAGCGGCUAGUCAAAGUCUCGAUCUUUCCGAACAGCUUUCUCUCAGUGUUGAUGUGAUUUUUGAGCCAUGCUUGGAAACAUCCUUACCUUCUUGAUCCUGCUGUGUUCAGUGAUUCCCUACGGAAAAGUAAUUGGUACCGAGAGCACCACUACAAUGACGUCUGUGAGCUCUGAUUUAAACACUGACACAACCAGACUUCCCACUUCAACAUACACAUCUACAGCACAGGUUCAGCCCAGCACGUCAACGGACACAUCUACAGCACAGGUUCAGCCCAGCACAUCUACGGACACAUCUGCUACACGGGUUCAGCCCAGCACGUCUACGGACACAUCUGCUACACAGGUUCAGCUCAGCACGUCUACGGACACAUCUACUACACAGCCCAGCAAUUCCACUGACGAACCCAUUGAAGACCAACAGGGACUAACAUCAGGCCAGAUUGCAGGUGUAGCUGUGGGAUCCAUCACAGGGGCUGCAGUUUUGGGUGGAGGUAUAUACGCUGGACUGAGGUACAGUGGCAAACUUGGUGGCUAACUUCACCGUUUUCUUCAUAGCCUGAUCUGGAGAUUUUUUUUCGCUUGGUUGUGAUCAUAUUUUGUUUGUUGCUAUUGGGUGUAAUGUAUACUGUGAAAAUACUGGUAACACUUUACAGUAAGGUUGUAUUUGUAAACAUUAUUGAAUUUAUUAGCUAACGUGAACUAUGAUAAAUACCUCAAUAACAUUUAUUAAUCUUACAUCGUGUUAAAUUCAGCAUUUACUAACACAUUCUUUAAAUAAGAAGUUUGCAUUAGUUAAAGGGCACAUAUAUGCCCAUUUUUACAAGAUGUAAUUUAAGUCUCAGGUGUGCCCAGAAUGUGUCUGUAAAGUUUCAGCUCAAAAUACCACACAGUUCAUUUAUUAAAACAUAUCCAAAAUGCCCCUAUUUGGAUGAGAGCAAUGCACUGUUUUCUUGUCUGUACCUUUAAAUGCAAAUGAGCUACACUGCAAAAAAUGACUUUCAAGAAAAUUUUUACUUAG